CAAUCCCUGAUCCGAACCAUCCCUAGAUUCUUUUGCAGUGGCAGGGUCCAUCAUCUACAGAGCCCACGGCGAGGAGACCAUGGACGGUGAGUAUUAUGACUUGGGCAAAUUCACCAAGACCAUCUCAGGUGGAAAUGCUGAAGCUCAAAAAUGGUUUGACAGAGGUCUUGUGUGGAGUUAUGGUUUCAACCACGAGGAAUCGGCAUUGUGCUUUGAGAAAGCAGUCGAGGCAGAUCCAGAGUGUGCCAUCGGAUAUUGGGGAUUGGCAUAUGCUCUAGGGCCCAACUACAACAAGCCGUGGGAAUAUUUUGACGCACAGGAUUUGGCAGAGACGGUGAGGCGGACGCACCAGGCAGUCCAAGAUGCACGACAACGAGCGGGACAGGCGUCAGACGUGGAACAGGCAUUGAUCGAUGCUCUGAAAUUCCGUUAUCCACAGUCGCAACCAGCAAGCGACUUUUCCAUCUGGAAUGAGCAGUACGCCGAGGCCAUGGUGGAAGCUCAACGCCGGUUCCCAAACGACCUGGAUGUUGCAGCGCUUUGUGCGGACGCCCUAAUGAACCUGACGCCGUGGAAGCUGUGGGAUAUGACGACGGGUAAGGCGGCAGCCAAUGCACGCACUCUCGAGGCUAAGGCGGUGCUGGACCACGCGCUGGCGUUGCCAGGGGGUCGUGAGCAUCCGGGUUUGUUGCAUCUUUACAUCCAUCUGAUGGAGAUGUCGGCCCAUCCUGAGAAGGCGCUCGUUGUGGCGGAUCGGUUACGUGGACUGGUACCAGAUUCAGGCCACCUGAACCACAUGCCCUCGCAUCUAGACAUCCUUUGUGGUGACUAUCGACGGGCCAUGGCUUCCAACAUGGAUGCCAUCCGGGCAGAUGAACGGUAUGUGGCUCGAGCUGGGGCGGUCAAUUUCUAUACGCUAUAUCGAUCUCACGACUACCAUUUCCGCCUGUACGCUGCCAUGUUUGCAGGGCAGUCAGCUGUCGCGCUGGAGACGGUGGGAUGGCUUGAGAAAUCCAUCCCCGAAGAGCUGUUACGAGUGGAAUCGCCACCGAUGGCAGACUGGUUGGAAGGGGUGCUGGGAAUGCGAGUUCACGUCAUGGUCCGAUUCGGCCUCUGGCAAGAGAUUCUGGCAUUGCCAUUUCCUCAAGACAGCGUCUUAUACUGCGUGAGCACAGCCUUGCUUCAUUAUGCCAAAGGGAUCGCGUUGGCGGUGCAGGGCGAUGUCAACGGGGCCCAGGGGCAACUGGACUUGUUCCGCGCCGCCGUCGAACGAGUGCCGGCGUCUCGGAUGAUCUUCAACAACACAUGUUUGGACAUCCUGGCUGUGGCGGACAGGAUGUUGCAAGGCGAAUUGGCGUACCGACGAGGGGACUACGAAAAUGGGUUUCAACGACUACGAGAAUCCAUCGGGCUCGACGAUGCACUUCCAUAUGAUGAGCCGUGGGGAUGGAUGCAGCCACCAAGACACGCGUAUGGAGCACUGCUGUUGGAACAAGAUCGUGUCGAAGAAGCCGCUGCCGUGUACCGGGCGGACCUUGGGCUGGAUGAGACGCUCCCUCGACCGCUCCGACAUCCCAACAACGUGUGGGCAUUACAUGGAUACUAUGAGUGUCUGGUGCGGUUGAAUCGAAUGGCAGAGGCUGGCAUUGUUAGACCGCAGUUGGAUUUUGCGCUGGCUGUGGCUGAUGUUCCUAUCAAGUCGUCGUGCUUUUGCCGGAAGAAGAAUGUGAUGCAGAUAGGAUAAUCAAAGGGAGAGAGUGAGAGGUGAUUGUUAAUGAUAUAGAAUUGAUGAUGAAGUUGAGACGAAGCUCACGUGACCAGUGUUGGUUAGAGAUGAGGAAGUUGCGUUG